AUGGUCUUCCACAGCAAUAAGCAGGUAGCGAAGGCCAUAAGGAGGUUCUUCAAGCAAGGCCAGGUCCGGGAUUUCAUCAAGCCAUUGACGAUACAAUUUGUGGUGAUUCCACCGAAACAACUAGCAAACGACGAUACGAUCUCGCUUUGGACACACGUACUUGACAGACUGUCACACAAGACUACGUGCGGACUCCCUCUCAUAGCAGCGCUGGGCAGCCAAUGCAGCUGGGGAACUCUUGGAGGUGUAGUCCUUGUAGACGAACGAUUAUUCAGCAUGACUUCUCGACAUCUACUCUCUCAGCUCAUAUCCUCAACUUCACAGGACCUUGUCAAUGACGACGUGAGGUCCGAGACAAGUCUGACAGAUGAUGGAACGUUUUCUUACGUCAACGAAGUGCACCUGACCGAGACUGAGGUGGAAGAGGAUUGUGGGCCUUAUUCAACAACACUUGACGAAGGCGACCUUCGUCACCAAAUUGCAUCCGUCAAUCCAUGGACACUCGAGUCGUUCGCAGGGUCCAACGACCUUGACUGGACACUCAUGAGUCUCGAGACUGACUUCUGGCUGCCAAACCUUGUGGACAAGUCUGAGAUACAAGUGGGAAAAUCGGUCUUGCAUGAUCCGAAGGCUAUUGUUGACUUGGUCAUGGUUCACCCCGACGUACGGCCGAGAUGCCAAGACGUUCUCGUGCUGUCAGGUCACGGACUGAAACCAGGCAUCCUAAACACUCAGCGGGCAUUUCUCUUGCCGAGUGGUGGCUCUGAGUUCGUCGAGACGUUCACUCUUACGCCUAACAAGGAAUGA